GGAAGGUCCUCUUUGACCCAAUCUGAAUAUGACUGCACUAUUAUAUCUGACUUUUCUAGUUAUGACCCAGAGUGUAGGCGGACAUGCGACUGAAACUUUCAUCUUACAGAAGUACUCAACUGUGAGGGUCCAGCCUGGACUCCCCACCAGUCUCGAGUGCCACGUUCUGCUAGAUGGGCUCUUUUCAAUAUUCUGGAUGAAGAUUCCUCUUAAUGAAGCUCCAGUCUGUAUAGCUACAGCUAAAGCAUUUGUGGACGAGGUGGCAAUGUGUAAGCAAUUUGUAAACCAUUCCAGAAUCAAAUCCAUUUGGAAGCAAAAGACUUUCAAUUUGUUAUUUUCAUCAGUGGAACACACAGAUGUGGCAACAUAUUUUUGCGGAACGUUUAGUUACGGACAUUUUUUCUUUGGAAAAGGGACUAAGCUGAUCCUUGAAGAACAUGCUGGUGCAGUUUCACCAAACAUGACAAUUAAAGACAAUGAAGUGACAGAUGGAAAAAUGCAAGUGUCUGAAUACCUCAUUCCAGUAUUAGCAGCAACUAACGGGGCAUCAAUACUUCUCUUCAUUUGGCUCUUCUUAAAAAAGAACAGAUCAGGUGUGACACAUGAAGCCAAGGAUGCAGAUGACAAAACAGAUGAAGUAAACUGCGCUGCUCUGACCUUUCACAACAAGCAGAGGAGAACCAUACAGAACAAGACCAAUGUGGACACAACAGUUGUAUAUAGAGCUAAGGACUCAACUGUGAGGGUCCAGCCUGGACUCCCCACCAGUCUCGAGUGCCACGUUCUGCUAGAUGGGCUCUUUUCAAUAUUCUGGAUGAAGAUUCCUCUUAAUGAAGCUCCAGUCUGUAUAGCUACAGCUAAAGCAUUUGUGGACGAGGUGGCAAUGUGUAAGCAAUUUGUAAACCAUUCCAGAAUCAAAUCCAUUUGGAAGCAAAAGACUUUCAAUUUGUCAUUUUCAUCAGUGGAACACACAGAUGUGGCAACAUAUUUUUGCGGAACGUUUAGUUACGGACAUUUUUUCUUUGGAAAAGGGACUAAGCUGAUCCUUGAAGAACAUGCUGGUGCAGUUUCACCAAACAUGACAAUUAAAGACAAUGAAGUGACAGAUGGAAAAAUGCAAGUGUCUGAAUACCUCAUUCCAGUAUUAGCAGCAACUAACGGGGCAUCAAUACUUCUCUUCAUUUGGCUCUUCUUAAAAAAGAACCGAUCAGGUGUGACACAUGAAGCCAAGGAUGCAGAUGACAAAACAAAUGAAGUAAACUAUGCUGCUCUGACCUUUCACAACAAGCAGAGGAGAACCAUACAGAAGAAGACUAAUGUGGACCCUACAGUUGUAUAUGGAGCUGUACGACACCAAGAAGGAUUAUAA